AAGAAAGUUUAGUUUAGUUUAUUUUAUUUGAAUUGAAAAAUUGAGAGAGAGAAAGAGAGAGAUGGGAAAGGGAAAGGCAAAGGAGAAAGAGAGGUAUCUUCUGAAAACAGAACCAUCGGAGUGGUCGUGGGAGGACCAAGCAGCGAACGAAGGCAUAAGCAAGUGGGAUGGUGUAAAGAACAAGCAGGCUCAGAAAUAUCUCAAGUCCAUGUCACUCGACGAUCUCUGCUUUUUCUAUCACUCCGGUCCCAAGGCCCGCCGCAUCGUCGGCGUUGUCUCCGUCGUCCGGGAGUGGUACGCCGAGGGGGAUGGCGGUGCUGUUGACGUUAAGGCAGUUGGUGAGAUGAGGAGGCCAGUGGACUUGAAAGAGAUCAAACAUUUCAAGGAUUUUGCUCUGUUGAGGCAGCCUAGGCUUUCUGUUGUCCCCGUUCCCGACCACAUUUGGAACGAAAUUUGUGCUUUAGGAGGCGGCUAUGAUGGCGAUGGUAAUUGGUCUUGUUGGAUCUCAUUCUGCAUUAUUUGGUAGACGCAAGUAUGACAUGUUAUGUUGAAACUUCCAGGAGGCUGGAAGGAUGUUGUAGUACAUUUCUAUUUCCGUAGCUCAAUUUAGAAUUCUGGCGCUGGUUGAACACGAUUUAAAUCAAUCUUUGCUCGUGUCACUCUGCCAGAGAAUGAGAAUCUAUUGUUCCCCACUGAAAUAUUUUUAAUACUGUACCGAGGUAUACCCGUUUGUAAAAUGGGGAGAGUUUGAAGGGAUAU